AUGUCACGCUCAUCAGCAGGAUUUGCAGACUUCUUUCCAACCGCACCGUCCGUCCUCCAGCAAAAGCGCAAGAUCACCCGGGGGCGGCCUCGUUCUGGGGCCCAUACGGAUCGAGAGCAUAGCGAUGAAGGAGCUAUACUUCCUCCAGACCCUAAGGCGAUCCAUGAUGCGACACCAAGGCUGUAUGCGGAGGAACAGAAGAUAUCGUCUGCCGUCAAUGGCGAUGGUCCUGCAAGUUCUGCAAGUGUGAGCAUCUCGGGUUCCCGCUCAUCAACCCAUAAUCAAAGCACGGCAUAUGGCAACGAAGCACAUCUGGAUACGCUUACGCCGCUCACUAAUGCAGAAUCCUCACCUGGCCAGAAGCUUAGUCCAUCUCACGCAAGGGUGAUAAACGGGAUCGAGGAGAGUUCGCGUAUUUCCAAGACCGAGGAAACAAAGCCUGCUAUGACGCCUCUGCAAACCCCGCCGACACCGCGAUCGCAGAGUCGCCCUGCGGGAAGUGUGAGGGGUUGGAAAUUGACGUACGAUCCCGAUUUAGAGAAACGGAUUUCCUCGAAAGAGAAGCGAAGAAAAGCGCGUUACGCGGACAUUGUCUUAAAUGAACAAGACGAUCGACCGGCAGACCCUCGUCUCAAGAUUGCCAAUUAUUCACGUGGUGCCGGUUGCAAGCAGAAAACAAAGUAUCGACCCGCACCCUAUUCAUUGAAACACUGGGCAUACGACGCUUCGACAACCAUUGGUCCUGGACCCCCGGUACAGAUAGUAGUCACUGGGUUUGAUCCUUUGACUCCAAUUGCUCCAAUCAACGCAUUGUUCUCAAGUUUCGGAGACAUCGCUGAAAUCAACAACCGCACUGAUCCAAUAACCGGUAGAUUCCUCGGUGUAUGUUCUGUCAAAUACAAAGAUAGUGCGUCGUUCAGAGGAGGCGGACCCGUUCUUGCGGCAAGCGCGGCCAGGCGAGCCUAUUAUGAAUGCAAAAAAGAGCAGCGCAUUGGAACGCGCAGGAUCAGGGUUGAGCUGGACCGUGAUGGCAUCGUCUCGGAAAAGAUAGUCAUGCGGGCAAUUGACUCUCAGAGAAUGGGAGACAAGAAUAAUUUGCUAAUCGCAGAAGAAUUCAAGACAGACAUCCCGACGAAGAACAAUGAGCCUCCUCCAACGGCUCCCAAGGGACCUUCAGGAAGGUCCUCAUUGCGUCCUGCGGCUACCGUCCCCGAAGGACCAAGGGCAAGCUUCUUGAGGCCUGCUGUGCCAUCACUGGUUGAAGAAGUUCCUAUAUUGAGUCAGAUCAAGCGCGACCCGUAUAUUUUCAUCGCACACUGCUAUGUACCCGUGCUCAGUACUACCGUUCCGCACCUAAAGAAAAGGCUCAAACUGUUUGAUUGGAAAGACAUUCGGUGCGAUAAAACAGGGUAUUACAUUGUGUUCGAGAAUUCGAGGCGUGGUGAGGAAGAAACCGAGCGGUGCUACAAGAUGUGCCAUAUGAAACCCCUAUUCACGUACAUCAUGAACAUGGAGAGCCAGCCCUAUGGGAAUCCAAACUACGAGCGGAGUCCAAGCCCCCAACGAUUGCAGGCCGAACAGCGAGAGCGAGCCGAAAAGGACAGGCUGAAAAGGGAAGCAGAAUUGGAUGUCGAGGAGGAGAAAAGACAACGUGCCAUUGAUCUAGACCCCUGCAAAGAGGUGGUAGCAAUAAUCAUCCGGGAUUUGAGGGAUAAGCUUCUUGAAGAUGUGAAAUCUCGAAUUGCUGCCCCGGCUUUGUAUGAUUACCUGGAUCCAGAUCGGCAUGCUGCAAAGAGGAAGAAACUGGGCAUUCCUGAUCCAGAGGGGGCCAAAAGGCCUAUGUUCCGGAUUGAUAUCGACAGCUCAGUUGGCACACCAGAUUCACGCUCCGACUUUUCAACCAGCCGAAAUCCUCUCGGCUCCUCUGGACUCAAUAUACUUGCUCUUCCGCGAAUAAGGAAGGCCCAUCGGCUGGAUCGCACAAACGCCGCCUUUCUGGACGAGAGGCGGAAACAGCCGCUAAGGAGAAAGGAAGUUAGGCCUCUUUACCAUCGACUCCAGCAACUACACGAUGUGGACGAUUCAGACGAUGAGCAGAGGGCACCCUUUACCAGGGACACUGAAGAUCUGGACAGCCGUGCCCCGAGUCGAUUGAGUUCCGAAACGUCUGAUUCAGAAGAAGAGGUGGAUAGGUUUGCUUCGGAAACGCUGGAUCUAUCUGUUGCGGAAAGGCAGGCCAAUAGAGAUGAGCCUAGUGACAGAGACAACUCGAGGGACGAUAUAUCUCGCAGUUCACCCAACGACGCUCUACAGCAUGUCACCCACGAUCUCUCCCCGUCGUCGCGAAAAAGGAAACGUGAUGACGAGAGAGCAAGGGCGCGGAAGAGGCAGAAAGAAGACGGUGAGUUCUUUGAUGUGGACGAUGCCGGAGGGGCUGAGGAGGAUCAAACCGUUAGACGUUCAUCCUCUGGGCCUGAAGCCCUCCAGGAUGAGAUCACAGCGGCAAACGACACCCUUGUAACCAUCACAGAUCCUCUGGGCUCUCAAUGCCACAUAUUGGCAGACGAUCAGAAAGAUGAUACGGUGGCGCUUAUGCGCUCAUGGGGUUCCAAUCUUGAAAUUGAAGGGUUCGGCAAAGAUCAUCGCCAUUUGAUAUCCUCAGUCGGGGAUUUCGAGCAUGGGAAGCAGCGAGAAGAACCCAGAACGGAGAUUGAGUGGCGAGUUUCAAAUGACGAGCCUCGUUCAACGGUCGAGGAUGACGAAUCCAUUGUACUGGAUCUCGAUGGUUGGCAGAAUCUGAUAAAGGACGAAGAGGACCUGUGCUUUCUUCGUGAUAUCCUGGGCGAAGUUUCGAGAUCUAAUGUCGGGAACUUAUCGGCUUGGGCCUGGAGACAGAAGGAAAUCAAGGCACUCAAUCGCCCAGAAGAACCUGGACCCGUACGGGAAGAGACUAGUAUUCCCGGCUACUACGUCUCAAAUAUCACUGGUGCAGCAAGGACUGAAGGAAGGAAGCGAAUCUUGGAGUCUGAGAAGUCAAAAUACUUACCCCACCGAAUUAAAGUCCAAAGGGCUCGUGAGGAGCGAGAGGCUAGGGCAAAGAGUGACCCACACGCUGUUGCUGCUGAAGCCGCAAGGAUCGCUGCAGCAAAGACAAUUUCCAAGUCUACCUCCCGGUCAACAAGAGUCAACAAUCGCCGUCUUAUUGCCGACAUCAAUGCUCAGAAACAGGCUCUUCCUACCCAGAGUGGCGAAGGAGAUGUUCUUCGGUUCAAUCAGUUGAAGAAACGGAAGAAACCGGUUCGCUUCGCUCGGUCAGCUAUCCAUAAUUGGGGGCUCUAUGCAGAGGAGAAUAUAUCUGCGAACGAUAUGAUCAUUGAAUACGUCGGAGAGAAGGUGAGACAACAGGUUGCAGACAUGCGAGAAAGGCGUUACUUGAAGAGCGGAAUUGGUAGUAGUUACCUUUUUCGUAUUGAUGAAAACACCGUUAUAGACGCCACAAAGCGAGGUGGAAUUGCCAGGUUCAUCAACCACAGUUGUACGCCGAAUUGCACCGCCAAGAUAAUUAAGGUCGAUGGCAGCAAGCGAAUCGUCAUAUAUGCUUUACGUGACAUUGAAAGGGACGAAGAGCUGACCUAUGACUACAAAUUUGAGAGGGAGUGGGAUAGUGAUGAUAGGAUUCCCUGCCUUUGUGGUUCGACUGGGUGUAAAGGGUUCCUCAACUAA